CCGCAGAGCGCCCUCACAUCCCCGCGGGUGGACGUGUGCAGCCUCCGCUCUCACUUCCAGCCGGAGAGAAGUUUCCCGACUUUAACUGCGAGCGUUCGGUGUCGAGUUGUCUGUAGGAGACUUUGUUCUCUUCGAGGAAACUUUGCCGCCGUCGUCGUGACUCCACAGGGGGAAAACAACAGGAGAGGACAUGUUAGGAAGCUGCAGAGAGAAAGAGAGAGCGCCGGACAGCAGCAGGUUGGCUCGGACUGACGGGGAGCGAGGUGGAGAGUGGACUUUCUCCCCCUGUGUGCGAGCCAGCUGCUGAGGCCCAGAGCUGGGAGUCACUCAGCUCACCGCUCCACGGUUAGAACCGCUCACCGACAGGCAGCGGCGAUACCGCCUAAUGCUGAACCCUCGGUGCGACACCACCGGACGGUCACUCGAGCUCUGACUCCAUCAGCCAGAGAGAAACCAGAGAGUGUGUGGAGGAGAUGGUGUGUCCGAUGGAAGAGGGAGGAGAAGUGGAGCAGAACAGAUGUGUACUGGUGUAUUCACGUUGUUUUUAUAAUAAGCUAGACUCAAACUUUAUUGCAAAGUGAUUCCUCAGCAAAAUCUCUGUUCAUACCAGGUUUGCAUUCUGACCUGCAGGCCAAUGUAAGUCGUGUUGAGUGACUGCGUGUGAAAGAGGGACCAUCACUAUCCUCAUGUCCUAUGGAGGAGGCUUUCACGGACGCACUGAGCGUGUCCGCCAGGCGCCCCACUAUGACCAGGUACCACAAGGCUCCUUACCCCGAGAAGACUCCUUCGAUCUGCAGCCGCUGAGAGAGCAGAGAGCACAUCAUCACGCUAAGAGCGCUGACCCCCUCCCGCCCCCACCUCUGCCAGACCAGCCUCCUGUGGGACCUGAGUUCGAUCCCAGCGGCAGUGAGAGCAACAGUCACCCAGACCUCGACCCCGCCAUUGACAUCAAACCAGUCCACCGUUUCAUCCCUGACUCCUGGAAGAAUUUCUUCAGGGGAAGCAACCGUAGCAGUGACAAGUGGUCCAUGCCUGCAUCCUCAUACAACAAUAACAACAGCACCACUGGGGGGGUGCGCUGCUCACCCCCUCACUCCCCCUCUGUUCCUGGGUCAUACCGGGAUCCCUAUGGGGGCUCAGGUGGUAGCUACAACUCCAGAAAGGAGCUUCUGGAAGGACAGGAUGCCCCUGAGUCUGUGUCAGGGCGCACCUACCGCACAGGUCUGACCUACAGCGAGCGAGUGGAGGAGUACCAUCAGCGCUACGCCUACAUGAAGUCCUGGGCAGGACUGCUGAGGAUUCUAGGCUGUGUGGAGCUCCUGCUGGGAGCUGCUGUGUUUGCCUGCGUCUGUGCCUACAUCCACAAAGACAACGAAUGGUUCAACAUGUUUGGAUACUCUUCUCCUGGGGGAGCAUACGGAGGUUUCAACGGCGGCAUCACAGGCGGGUCCUACUACUCAGGCCCCAAGACCCCGUUUGUGUUGGUGGUGGCAGGGUUGGCCUGGUUGAUGACUGUGAUUCUUUUAGUGCUGGGGAUGACCAUGUACUACCGCACCAUUCUGCUGGACUCCUCAUGGUGGCCCCUGACUGAGUUUACCAUAAACCUGGCUCUGGCAGUGCUCUACAUGGCAGCAGGCAUUAUCUAUGUUCGUGACACAACUCGUGGAGGGCUCUGCUCCUACCCAGUCUUCAACAAUGGCAUCAAUGGAGCGUUCUGCAGAACAGAGGCUGGCCAGACUGCUGCCAUCAUCUUUCUGUUUGUCACAAUGGUUAUUUAUCUGAUUGGAGCCAUGGUGUGUCUCAAGCUGUGGAGACAUGAGGCUGCACGCAUGUACCGGGAGAGGAACGGUCUGGAGAUGCUGCCCUCUGAGAUGCGAGCUGCUCGCUCAUUGGUUGAUUCAGGUCCAGCUCAUGUAUUUAAAACUCCAGAACAGGCCCAAGAGUCCUCAGUCGUUCCCAUCCAGGCUGCUCCAAAAGCAGCCGCAGCAAAGAUUUUACAGGGAGCUAUACCAUCAGGACACAUUCCAAAACCUGUCAUUGUGCCUGACUAUAUUGCUAAGUACCCAUCCAUACGGACAGACGAGGAGCGGGACCAGUACCGAGCUGUGUUCAACGACCAGUAUGCAGAGUACAAAGAGCUCCACGCAGACGUGCAGGCCACCCAAAAGAAGUUUGAUGAGAUGGACGCCAUGAUGCGCAGUCUGCCUCAGCACCCCAACAGCCAGAUGGAGGUUGAUCGCAUUUCCAGGAUCCUUCAGGAAUACCAGAGGAAGAAAAAUGAUCCAACGUUCCAGGAGAAGAAGGAGCGCUGCGAAUACCUGAGGAACAAACUGUCUCACAUCAAGCAGAGGAUCCAAGAAUACGAUAAAGUCAUGGAGUGGAACGAUGGAUACGACUAGACCUCUGAGGCGUCUCUACAAAUAACACCACUGAAAACAAACAGAACUUCCACUGACGGUUAAGCAGGUACCGGUGGUGAAACCCAUUCAUGAACCCAGGAGCACCAGUGGGAUUUCACCCUCUUAAAUGUUUUUAAAUCUUUAUAGCAGAUGUGCCUGACAAACAUUUAUCAACAGUUUUUGUGUCUUAGUUUAAGUAAGCCCAGGUGUAGAACACAUGUAAUUUUUUUCUAAAAGGGAUAGUUCUGCAUUUUGGGAAGAGGCUUAAUGAGACAUCUUAACCUAACACAAAGCCCACAUGCACCUCCAAAGCUCAAAACUAGUUUAUAUCUUAUCAAAAAUUACAAUUUACUGUUUUACAGAAAGUAAAGUGCAGGAUUCUUUUCUUGGAAGUAAAAGUUGUGUGGCACAUGAUCCUCUAAAAACACUGACCUGUUCUUUUUAAACUUUAAGUGUUUUUACAGAUUAAACAAGUUAUAGUGUGACAGUGAGCUUUAGAUGUGCUGCAUUGUAUGCAUUUCUUGUUACUGCUGGACAGAGGCUAGCUGUAUCCCCUGGUUUCCAGUCUCUAUGCUAAGUUAGCAUUUUAAUGAAGCGAUCCCCUGGCUGUAACUUUACAAUUAAUAGACUGAUAUGAGAGUGGUAUUGAUCUUCUAAUGCUCCGCCAGAAAGCAAAUUGACAUAUUUCCCAACAUGUCAAACUACUCCUUUAAACUGCAAAGAUCUUACUGUGUGUGUGUGUGUGUGUGUGUGUGUGUGUGUGUGUGUGU